CGACCAGAUGCGGUACGCGGACGCCGACGACUCGGACUCGGCCACGCCCAGCAUGGACCUGGUCAAGGACCUGGUCGCCACGGCCCUCGUGCACUCGCCGCCCGCGCGCUUCCCGCGGCCGCCCGUGCUCUCCGUCAAGUCCAGCACGCCGUGCCUGCUGUCGCCGGCCGAGUUCGUGGACCCCGUCAUCCUGGAGGCGGCCUCCUGCUCGUCCACGUCGCCACGCCCCAAGUUCCUGACGCAGUCAUCGACGAGCUCCGGGCACUCCAACUCGCACUCCGCCAGCCCGCGCGGCCCCGCGCCCGGCUCCAAGCACCGGCAGCUGAGCGCCGACACGGGCUACUGCGAGGACAGCGGCGUCCUCAGCAUGGGCAACUCGGAGCCCGCGUCGCGGACCUCGCACGACGGGCUGUCCGGGAUGUCGGCGGCCACGGACAGCGCGUCGGGGUCCGUCUCCGCCUCGCCCAGGGCCUCCCCCAGGGCCUCGCCCAGCCCCAGGACGUCGGCCUGCUUCCUGGUGGGCGGCGGCACCAGGACGAGGACGGCCUCGGCCUUCAGGUCGCUGUCGGAGGAGUCGCCCUGCCUGCGGCCCGCCACCCACGCCUCCAUGACGGCGUCCUUGGCGUCCUCCAGCGAGCACAUGGGCCUGCUCACGCCCCUCGACAUGUCCCCCGUGCGGCCCACCACGCUCGUCAUCAAGAAGGCCCACCGGAGUUGAGACUCUCCAGUCCACGUCCACCAGCCUUCCAGUGACGUUGACUUGGCAGUGCCCGGGGAAAGGGGUGCAUGUGAAACCAAAGGUCCGUUAAGAAAAAAAAGGAAAGAAAUUUUAUUUUCUCUUUGUUGAUGUACCUUGUGAUGGAAAAAACAGGUAUUUAAGCUGCUUCCUUACUUCUGCAAAAUAUCAUAGCUUUUGUGUGAUAUGUGUGAUAUAUUAUUAUAAUUGAUAAGAUAAGUAAAAUAUACUUGAUACAAAAAUGGGAAUGAUGGGAGUGCCAUAUGUGCAUAAAAUGAACUCAAUUAAAUAAACUGAACGUAAGCUAUUCAUCAAUGCCAAAGAACGCUAAAGAAAGUACAACGCUCUUUCAUGUGCCAUAGGGAUGUAACAAAAUUAGGAGAGGGGAAUUUUUUCCUCUUCCUAUUAAGUUAAAUUAAGCAGAAGACUGUACCAAAACAGCUCUCAUAAGAACUAACUGACUGUGAUUCUACUAAGAAAGAUUCUGAAUACAAAUGACAAUCAACAUAUUGGGUCACAAUUUUCGCCAGGUGCAGGUGUCUUCCUGAUUUAAGUUGGGUGCUCCUCUGGGUUGUGAUGUAUUUAAUAGUGGCACCAAAGUAAAACUUCUGGUGAUAGAUCUGUCCCACCCGGGAGCUUAGUCUUAAGGCACAACAUUGUCUUCAGAAAACUCUGGCUAAAUCUAAUAGCACCAUAAUCUUAAAUAUUUUUUAAAUCUGACAUUGUCUUAUUGUGUAUACUAGCACAAACUCUGUGCCAAAAAUUUGAAGUAGGUAAUUGAGCAACCUCUCAACCAGCAUUAACAACCUAGUGAGAGAUUUAAGCAUUCUUCCGCUAGGUUAAUCUAAUUUCCAUCGGUUUUAUUGAAUACCAGAGGUGAUGAUGUGUGGACAAGGUGCCCUUUAAAUUGAGCUGAGUUAUACUGAAAGUUGCAUGUCAAGGGCAGUCCAUCAGUGUGCAUGCAACCAGUCAGAUACCUGUUAAAGAACAUGUGCUAACAAUCAACUAAUUCCUUGUGUGACAAGUUUUAAGCUAGAUGUGUGAUAAAUAAAUUUCAUUCAAAGUAACAA